CUGCUGCAGAAGAUGAUUUACGAAAUUACUUGAUUGGGCCUCCCCGCUUCUUCGUCGUCUUCUUCGAACCCGCUCUCAAGUCAAGGUGCCUGCUCAAAUCUCGACCCUGAAUCACGGCCUGACACUCCGCGCUUCCACAAGACAUGAGGAUAUCAAUAUGGAAGCCAACUAUGCUUCGCAGCCAAACUCACUUACUUCGGCACACGCUGGAGGAUAUGCCACAACCACAGCACCAUUAGAUGGUGUGUUCAGUCUUGACGAAUUCUUGUCAAAUAACCAAGCUAUUCAUGAUGCACUUGUAGCCGCACGUGAGGCAGCGGAGACGCCGCCAGCAAAGAAGUCAAAGAAGAGCAACAACGCGUCACAACCUCAGCCUGUUGUUGUCGGAGCCAGGUCCUCCAAGUACACCAUUCUGCUUCAUGAGAAGUAUCAAGCACUCGCCAUCCCACAGCCAGUAUUCACCUUUGGCGGAGACAGUGUCACGAGAUGGACCGUCGAGAUUAGCUUUCCGGGCUUAGCAAAUGCUGACGAGCUCCAAGGUCUGAAAGAGGAGGGUCGGUUCAACAGCAAGCAAGAAGCCAAGAAUGCUGCAAGUAAGACUGCACUGACUAUCUUGGAACGACUGGAGCAAGAAGGUCGAGUCACGAAGGCUGGCAAGACAAAGAAGCCAAAUGGCGAGCCAGCACAGCAGCAACCAAAACAGAAGGAGGAGCCAGACGAGAACUUCGUCGGCCAGCUCCUCGAAUUCCAGCGCUCAACAUCUGCACCCCACCCAACCUACACCGACUGGCAGCUCGGUACGCGCUGGGCCUGCACGCUUGAGAUCGAGGGGCAUGAUCAACCUUUCGGUUCUCAGGACGCGCUUUUCGGCUCCAAGAAACUCGCCCGCCAAUACGCCGCCAGCUGCGCAGUGUUCCACUUCAAGUCCCAAGGUCUCUGGCCAGAGGAAUUCACUAACGUCGGCGGAAUUAGAAAGCGCAAACCCGCCGCUAACAACUCACCCUCUCCCUGUGCCGACGGACGCAAAGCCAACGUAGCAUCCAGCACUGGUGGAGCAUCAGCAGCAUCACAAGCCGCCGCCCUUGCACACCUACUCAAUCUCAACACCCCCGAGUACCGAUACACGCACGAAAAACCUUCAGUCCCAGAUGUUCACACAGUGUCCUGCUUUUUCAGGAAUGGCGGCGCCCAUGAGGGCCCGAUUGGCGAGGUGAGAAAUGUGUUUGGGAAGAAGAAGGCAAAGGAGGAGUGUGCUAGGCUCACACUGGGGUAUCUGACAGAAGUGAAGAGACAACGCGAGGAGGUUGCUGCAAGGUUGAUGGUGGGAAUUGCGGGCGGGGCUGGGGUAGUCAAAAAGAAGGUCAGUGACGACGAGCUGGAUAUCUACAAGGAUGAUAUGGAGCACUAA